ACAUCUCAUCUACCGUUUAAAAGCCGGUAAAAAUCGAUAAAAUUUUCUGCUGUCAACUACAACGCUACGCAAUCAAAGAUGACGUUUUCUUGUCUAUGACAAUUUCUUUUUCUUGAUCCCGGUUCGAAUAUAAUGGCUCCACCACAGCCCAAGGCGGUGGCUAAGCCCGCCGCAGCGCCCGCGGGCGGAGUCAAGAAGACCAAAGUUGGCAAACCUAGAAAUUAUGACCUGGGAAAUGGUGUUGUACGUUUCUCCAAGACUAAGAUGUUCCACAAGAAGGCCAAAUACAAGUUUGUUGGCAAGAAGAACCCCAAAGCUGAGAAGCCCAAGAAGCCCACAGUUGUUGUGAAGCAGAUUGGAGGUGAGAAGAACGGAGGAACCCGCACUGUCCUGUUGCGCCGCAGGAGGUCCUUCUACCCCACUCAGGACAAGAUCAGUCCGCGGCCGCACCACAAGACGUUCAGCAAGCACGUGCGGCGCACGCGGCCCAGCCUGGCGCCGGGCGCCGUGUGCGUGCUGCUGGCCGGCCGCCACGCUGGCAAGCGAGUGGUGCUGCUGGCUGUGUUGCCCAGCGGGCUGCUGCUUGUCACCGGACCUUUUGCUCUAAACUCGUGCCCCCUGCGCCGCAUCCCCCAAAGCUACGUGAUCGGCACCUCCACCCGCGUGGAUCUGGGCGACUUCCAGCUGCCGGCGCACCUCGACGACAAUUACUUCAACAAGAACAAGAGGAGCGCCAAGAGGGCCGUCAAGCGCAGCACUGGGGAGGACAUCUUCGCCACUAAGAAAGAGAAAUAUGUUCCGUCAGAGCAGCGCAAGGCGGACCAGAAGCUGGUGGACGCGGCCGUCAUGAAGGCCAUCGGUCUGAGGCCCGACAAGAAGACGCUGCGCGGGUACCUCAAGGCGGCGUUCGGCCUCCGCUCGAGCCAGUACCCUCACCGACUCCGCUUCUAGUUGUAAGGAUAUAAUAUAGUCAAUAAAUGUUAUUGGCGAA